GGAGACAUCAUCAACAUGGCGACAGCUGCUGCGGCCCCCUCGGCUCGUUUUGAAAACCACGACAAUUAAGCUCCCUGCCCCAGCUGAGACCCUCGCUGCCCUCUGAAGGAGCAGGAUGACAAGAUGGCACAGCUGCUUGUACCGCCCGGACCUGACAGCUUCCGCCCCUUCGUCCCCGAGUCGCUGGCCGCCAUCGAGAGGCGCAUCGCCGAGGAGGAGGCCCGGAGACCGCGGGUGGAGCGCCGCAGCGACAGCGACGACGAGAAUGGGCCCAAGCCCAACAGCGACCUGGAGGCGGGGAAAUCUCUCCCCUUCAUCUACGGGGACAUCCCUCCCUGCCUGGUGUCCACUCCUCUGGAGGACCUGGACCCCUACUACAGCAAUCAGAAGACCUUCAUAGUAUUGAAUCGCGGGAAGGCAAUCUUCCGUUUCAACGCCACUCCUGCCUUGUACAUCUUAAACCCCUUCAACCCGCUGAGGAGGAUAGCUAUUAGAGUUUUAGUACACUCGAUGUUCAGCAUGUUGAUCAUGUUCACCAUCCUGACCAACUGUGCUUUCAUGACCUACAGUAAUCCCCCAGAAUGGGCCAAGAAUGUAGAGUACACAUUCACAGGGAUUUACACCUUCGAGUCUCUUAUAAAGAUCCUGGCCAGGGGCUUCUGUGUGGGGAAGUUCACCUUCCUGCGGGACCCGUGGAACUGGCUGGAUUUCAGUGUUAUCCUCAUGGCGUAUAUAACAGAGUUUGUAAACCUAGGCAAUGUUUCAGCUCUGCGCACGUUCAGAGUAUUACGAGCUUUGAAAACUAUCUCAGUUAUACCAGGCUUGAAGACCAUCGUUGGCGCUCUGAUCCAGUCGGUCAAAAAGCUAUCAGAUGUCAUGAUCCUCACCGUGUUCUGCCUCAGCGUCUUUGCCCUCAUUGGCCUGCAGCUCUUCAUGGGCAACCUGAGGCAGAAGUGUGUGCGCUUGCCCAUCUCAUCCAACGCCACCAACAGCAGCAAUGACACUUUCAACAGCGACAUGUUCCCCAACAACAGCAUGAUAGAGUUCAACACCACGUUCCUGCAGAACUCGACGGAGGACGCCUUCAACUGGACGGAGUACAUGAGCAAUCAUAGUAAUUACUAUUACCUCCCUGGCCGUAAGGAUGCUCUGCUAUGCGGGAAUGGAAGUGGCGCUGGGCUGUGUCCAGAGGGCUUUAUCUGCAUCAAAGCUGGCCGUAAUCCCGACUAUGGCUACACGAGCUUCGACACCUUUAGCUGGGCCUUCCUGUCCUUGUUCCGGCUCAUGACGCAGGACUACUGGGAAAACCUCUACCAGCAGACUUUACGUGCGGCAGGAAAACCCUACAUGGUCUUCUUCGUCCUUGUCAUCUUCCUGGGCUCCUUCUACCUCGUCAACUUGAUUCUGGCUGUGGUAGCUAUGGCUUAUGACGAGCAGAACCAAGCGACCAUUGAGGAGGCUCAGCAGAAGGAGGAGGAGUUCCAGGCCAUGCUGGAGCAGCUGAAGAGACAGCAGGAGGAGGCACAGGUUGCUGCGGCAGCAGCCACCGAGAGCGGAGAGUACAGCGGGAGAGGGGGCCCCACCUCAGAGUCCUCCUCAGGGACGUCAAAGCUGAGCUCGAAAAGCGCCAAGGAGAGACGCAACAGGCGGAAGAAGAGGAAGCAGAGGGAGGAGGAGGAGGAGAGGGGGGCCAGGGACAAGUUCCACAAGUCUGCAUCUGAGGACAGCAUCAAAAGAUCCAGUUUUCGCUUCUCUAUUGAUGCCAACAGGCUGUCAUAUGAGAAAAGAUGCUCAUCACCCAACCAGUCCCUCCUCAGUAUACGUGGAUCCAUUUUCUCACCUCGGAGAAACAGCCGUGCCAGCCUGUUCAGCUUUCGUGGCCGGGCGCGCGACAUGGGCUCCGAGAACGACUUUGCCGACGACGAGCACAGCACCUUCGAGGAAAGUGACAGUCGACGGAAUUCCCUGUUCUUGCCGCGUCGACUCGAGCGCCGCUGCAGCGCCGUCAGCCAGACCAGCCUUGGCGCCCCUCGGAUCAUGCUGCCUGCCAACGGGAAAAUGCACUGCGCCGUAGACUGCAACGGUGUGGUGUCGCUGGUCGGUGGAACUUCUGUUACAACCUCUCCUGUAGGUCUCCUGCUGCCUGAGGGUACUACCACAGACACAGAGUUUAGGAAACGUCGGUCAGGUUUUCACCAGCCAUCCAUGGAUUAUCUAGAGGAACCAGCAGGCCGGCCGAGAGCCAUGAGUGUGGCCAGCAUCCUCACCAACACCAUGGAAGAGCUUGAAGAAUCAAGACAGAAGUGCCCCCCCUGCUGGUACCGAUUUGCCAACACCUGCCUGAUCUGGGACUGUUGCCCACAAUGGUUAAAAAUCCGAGAGAUUGUCAGAAUGGUGGUCAUGGACCCGUUUGUGGAUCUAGCUAUCACUAUUUGCAUCGUACUCAACACCCUUUUCAUGGCUAUGGAGCAUUACCCAAUGACGAAAGAGUUUGACAACGUUCUCUCAGUUGGAAACCAGGUGUUCACAGGCAUAUUCACAGCAGAGAUGUGCUUCAAGAUCAUCGCCCUGGAUCCUUACUACUACUUCCAGCAGGGGUGGAACAUCUUUGACGGCAUCAUAGUUAGUCUGAGCCUCAUGGAGCUUGGCUUGUCUAAUGUGGAAGGCUUGUCUGUGCUCAGGUCCUUCAGAUUGCUGAGGGUCUUCAAGCUAGCCAAGUCCUGGCCCACUCUGAACAUGCUGAUCAAGAUCAUCGGCAACUCAGUCGGAGCCCUUGGAAACUUGACUCUUGUACUGGCCAUCAUCGUCUUCAUCUUUGCCGUUGUGGGCAUGCAGCUGUUCGGCAAGAGCUACAAGGAGUGUGUGUGCAAGAUUUCCAAAGAGUGUCAGCUACCACGAUGGCACAUGCAUGAUUUCUUCCACUCAUUCCUCAUCGUGUUCCGGGUGCUGUGCGGGGAGUGGAUCGAGACCAUGUGGGACUGCAUGGAGGUGGCAGGGCAGAGCAUGUGCCUGAUUGUCUUUAUGAUGGUCAUGGUCAUUGGAAAUCUGGUGGUUCUAAAUCUCUUCCUGGCUCUCCUACUGAGCUCCUUCAGCGCUGACAACCUGGCAGCAACUGACGACGACAGCGAGAUGAAUAACCUCCAGAUUGCCAUUGGCCGCAUCCAGAGGGGCAUCGACUUUAUCAAAUCCGCUGUCCGACAUUUUCUCCGCAGCCUCUGCUUCCGCACCGCCGGUAAGGGCCCCGGCUUACCUGAGGAGAGCAAACCCCUGGAUGAACUGCACAGCAACGGCAAAGGCAACUGCAUCUCCAACCACACGUCAGUGGAGAUCACCAAAGAUCCGAGUGGGAUUUACGUGACCGAGGGCAACGGACGGCCGGGAGGAGGGUUGGUGGUUGGGGUCGGGGUUGGUGGGGACACGACAGGGAAUUACCCGAUGGAGGAAUGCGCCUACAUGUCGUUUAUUCAUAACCCCAGCCUGACAGUCACUGUGCCUAUCGCUGUGGGUGAGUCGGACUUUGAGAACUUGAACACGGAAGACUUCAGCAGCGAUUCAUCUGAUAUUGAAGGCAGCAAAGAGAAGCUCGACGUAGAGCCCCAGCAGCCUCUGAGCUCAUCGGAGGGAAGCACGGUCGAUAUUCGCCCCCCAGGAGACGGGGUGGAUUCAGUGGAGCUGGAGCCAGAGGAAUCUCUAGACCCAGAGGCCUGCUUCACAGAGGGCUGUGUGAGCAGGUUCCAGUGCUGCCAGGUAAACGAGGAGGGAGCAAAUUACAAGAGCUGGUGGACGCUCAGGAAAACCUGCUUUAUCAUAGUGGAGCACAACUGGUUCGAGUCCUUUAUCAUAUUUAUGAUCCUGCUCAGCAGUGGGGCACUGGCGUUUGAGGACAUUUACAUCGAGCAGCGGAGGACCAUCAAAACAGUGCUGGAGUAUGCAGAUAAAGUCUUUACAUAUGUCUUCAUCCUGGAAAUGCUGUUGAAGUGGGUGGCUUAUGGAUUUGUCAAGUACUUCACCAACGCCUGGUGCUGGCUCGACUUCCUCAUUGUAGACGUGUCUCUGGUCAGUCUCGUAGCCAACGCUCUGGGCUACUCUGAGCUCUCUGCCAUUAAAUCUCUGAGGACCCUGCGAGCCCUCCGACCCCUGAGGGCCCUGUCUCGGUUUGAGGGUAUGAGGGUUGUGGUGAAUGCUCUGCUGGGGGCCAUCCCCUCCAUUAUGAACGUGCUGCUGGUCUGCCUCAUCUUCUGGCUCAUCUUCAGCAUCAUGGGCGUCAACCUGUUCGCAGGGAAGUACUACUACUGCAUCAACACCACCGACAACGAGGUCUUCCCCAUAGAUGUUGUCAACAACAAGUCAGAUUGCAUGGACUUGGCCAAUGACAGCGCCCGCUGGAAGAAUGUCAAAAUAAACUUUGAUAAUGUCGGAGCUGGCUAUCUGGCUCUGUUGCAAGUGGCAACAUUUAAAGGCUGGAUGGACAUCAUGUAUGCAGCAGUGGACUCCCGAAAUCUGGAAGAACAGCCGGACUAUGAAGUGAACCUCUACAUGUACCUCUAUUUUGUCAUCUUCAUCAUCUUUGGCUCCUUCUUUACCCUCAACCUGUUCAUCGGUGUCAUCAUCGAUAACUUCAACCAGCAGAAGAAGAAGUUUGGAGGUCAGGACAUCUUCAUGACAGAAGAGCAGAAAAAAUACUACAACGCCAUGAAGAAGCUUGGUUCCAAGAAACCACAAAAACCCAUACCCCGGCCAACAAAUGCAUUUCAAGGCUGUGUCUUCGACUGCAUCACAAAGCAGGCCUUCGACAUCGUGAUCAUGAUCCUUAUCUGCCUUAAUAUGGUGACUAUGAUGGUGGAGACGGAUGACCAGACGGAGGAAAUGGAUAACAUCCUCUACUGGAUCAACCUGGUCUUCAUUGUGCUCUUCACAGGAGAGUGUGCACUGAAGAUGAUCUCUCUUCGUCACUAUUACUUCUCCAUUGGUUGGAAUAUAUUCGACUUUGUGGUGGUGAUCUUGUCCAUCGUAGGUAUGUUUCUAUCUGACGUUAUUGAGAAGUACUUUGUGUCACCAACGUUGUUCCGAGUGAUCCGUCUUGCCAGGAUUGGUCGCAUCCUCCGCCUUAUCAAAGGUGCCAAGGGCAUCCGGACGCUUCUCUUUGCUCUGAUGAUGUCCCUCCCCGCCCUCUUCAACAUUGGCCUCCUCCUCUUCCUGGUCAUGUUCAUCUAUGCCAUCUUUGGCAUGUCCAACUUUGCCUACGUGAAACGCGAGGCAGGGAUUGACGACAUGUUCAAUUUUGAGACUUUUGGGAACAGUAUGAUCUGCUUGUUUCAGAUCACCACAUCAGCUGGAUGGGACGGUCUACUGGCGCCAAUUCUGAACAAAAGAGAACCCGACUGUGACAGCCAAAUGGAGCAUCCGGGGAACACCUACAAAGGCAACUGUGGAAACCCUUCAGUAGGAAUCUUCUUCUUUGUUAGCUACAUCAUCAUCUGCUUCCUUAUCGUGGUCAACAUGUACAUCGCCGUUAUUUUAGAGAACUUUAGCGUGGCCACAGAAGAGAGUGCAGAACCACUGAGUGAGGACGACUUUGAAAUGUUCUACGAAGUAUGGGAGCGCUUCGAUCCGGAUGCCACUCAGUUCAUGGAGUACAGCAAGCUCUCGGACUUUGCUGAUGCUCUUGAUCCACCACUUCGAAUGCCCAAGCCUAAUAUGAUCCAGCUCAUCUCAAUGGACUUGCCAAUGGUAAGUGGCGAACGCAUCCACUGCCUGGACAUUCUCUUCGCCUUCACUAAACGAGUCUUAGGCGAAGGUGGCGAAAUGGAUGUGCUACGUGGGCAGAUGGAGGAGCGUUUUAUGGCUUCGAACCCCUCCAAGGUGUCCUACGAACCAAUCACCACUACACUUCGCCGCAAACAGGAGGACAUGUCAGCCAUAAUUAUCCAACGAGCCUUCCGCCGCUACAUGAUCCGCCUGGCCAUGAAAAAGGCUUCUGCCCUCUACAAGGAGCAGCUGAAGGAGGGAAUCCGCGAUCCGGACAAGGACGUAAUGGUCAUCAGCAAGUUCAAUGAGAACUCCACUUCGGACAAAACAGACAUGACCCCCUCCACAGCUUCCCCACCCUCUUACAACAGUGUGACGAAAUCGGACAAAGACAAAUAUGAGAAAGAAAAUAGGGAAAAAGAAAACAAAGGGAAAGACUUGAAAGAACGGAAAAAAUAGACUCUAAAAACGGAACAAAAAAUGCAAGACACAUGAAGGAAAUUUUGUUUACAGCUUCAAACAGGGGUAGAUAGAGGUGCGCUUGUGUGUUGAUUGUUAUGAAGAAUGCUAAGCCUAAAUGUUGGGCCUAAAAAGGGAAUGCGGUAAUGUCAUAUGUGAAUUCAUUGGGUCUUCUCAGAGUGGACACAAAUGAUCCAGCAGACACUGCCAGAGAUUGACUGGAACACGGGAAAGCCUCUGCAAAACGCUUGUGAUUUUCCUAUUGGUUGUUGUUACUAUCUGACACACUUGAGUGUACUGUUAAGUUGUCUGUAGCUAGUGCUGCUGCUACUACUAUAAAUCCAGUGUCUUGAAUUUAACGAUCGCUGUAUCACUUAACAAGUACUCUGCAUUAAUUCGAUGCUUUUUUUUUUAAUUUUGAAGGUUUCUUUUUUAUGAGAAGAAUGUUUUCUACUUUUUUGUGUCAUUAUUGUGAGAAUGUGUCCACGCUUUUACUGUUGUAAACUCACCAAGGGCAGAAAAAGUCAAUGCUGGAAACUACAACAACCAUAUGGAGCUUGUACCACGCAGGGUCAAUGCCAGGGUCCUCCUCGUUCGUACAAGGUGAAAAACACUGAAGCAUACUGUUGAAGCGCAAUGGACAAAUACAUUGUGUUCAUUGGGUUCCCAUCGGUGAAUGUUGAAAUCUGAAUUUUGCUUCUAUCCUGUCAUCUCCACUUUCCAUUAGAAAAUAACGUCUCUAUACAGAGAAGCUGAAUGUAUGCAAGGAAUGAGACACAUUCAAAGAAACUGUUUGACAUUUUGGUAGGUUUUCCUUUGUCCAAUUGUUAUGUGAAAAGAUUGAUAUCAUUCCAACCUCUGUUCUUUAAUGUAAUGCUACAGCAAGGGCCACGGUAGCGUAACUUAGUAAGAAAGCUACAAGCCUAACGUACAGGUGAGACUCAAUCUGAUGCUAACCAGGAUUAAUGAAGGAAUGCAACAAAUCUACCAUCAGCGCAUAAGCUAGCGCGUUAGCUAGCUAAAGGACAAAAUCCACUAUGUAUGCGAUUUCAGACACACUGUAGCUAAAAGUUUGCGAAAAGUAAAGAUAUUUUAAGCAAGUUUACUUUCACAAAACCCUAACUGAACAUUGGAAUUAACAUAUUUUUCAGUUACAAAGAUUUGUUUGUCGCUUGUUUUAUUAGCCACUACAUCCAAAGUUAAGCUAGCUGGCUAAGCUGAACGAGUCCAUGCUGUAGCUCUAUUGUUAGCUAAGACAUAAAAACAUGAGUGGUAUCAAUCUUCUCCUUUAUAUCUUGGCAAGAAAGCUUCGAUGCUUAGAUCCAAAAAAGUCUGAACUUUCUCUUUUAAUGUGGCAUUCAAAUCUCAUUCAUCUGCUGUCAUAUUGCAGUGUCUCCUAAUGCAUUUGUUAGCCCACCUCCUCCACCACCUUUCAGAACUCUUGAAUAGAAAAUAUCUUAAGAAACAUACUGAAAAGAAAACGUCAAUCUUUCUAGCUGCUCUCAGUUUAGAACAUGACAAUAUAUCCCAUUUAAAGGUUAUAAUAUCACAGAUGUUUGUAUGACAUUUCAUGUUGUUUCUUGGUUUCAAUCAAGAAGCAAGUGGUUUUAACGUUGUGGUUUGGUUUGUAAAUAAUAUAGCUAUUUGGGCCCACAGUAUGCAUCACACUUACAUUUGAUGUAAGAGCACUUUUUAUUCCCACUGCUAUGUAAUACCACGUGUGGCGGUCGUACAUGUUGGUGCGUGUGUGAAGGAGCUGAGAGUGUGCGUGCAUUUCUAUGUCUAUGUGUAAAUUUGUAAAAUAUGGAGAGAGAAUGUAGGCGUCUGUCUUUGUGUGAGCGGCUGCUGUGUGCAACUGGGGUCAUUGGGUUGCUUUUGUUCCACUGGUUAUAAGAAACAUUUUUACUGUAGAUACGAGUGCAUUUUUUCCAGUCAUUGGAAUUGUUUUACAUUUUUUCUAGAGCUCGUUCUCUUCGGUUUCUGCACUGUAACACAUUAUGAAACACAUGUAUGGUCCCCAUAUCUGUACAUAACAAACCAUGAAGCAAUCAGUAGCCAUCUCUCAUUGCGCUUGUAGUGUUUUUGGUGAACUGCAUGCCAGAAGUGACUACUGUCCGCUCAUAUGGUCAUAUGAUUUUAAAGCCAAAAGAAUAAAGGACAUAUUUUUUGUACAUGCUUCUUUAUUUUCUCCUUUU